AUGGCGCUUGCAAAGCUGUUGAAACCAGAUAAAUCGCUGCCUACUCCUCUGGAAGAGGAAAUUGCUGCUACUCUGGUGGACCUUCAAUCACACGAAGAUAUGUCGGAGUCGGUUAAGAUGCUUUACUUCUGUGGUGCGAAGGAAUUCUCAAUCGGUCACGAGAAGGCGAUCGUCAUUUAUGUUCCCGUGCCUCAGCUACGUACUUAUCACCACUUGCACAACCGCCUGGUUGGUGAAUUAGAGAAGAAGCUGAGAGGUCCACAGGUCUUCAUCGUCGCUUUCAGGAGAAUUUUGCCUAAGCCGCGUAGAAAAUGUAAGAGCAACCCCAAGCAGAAACGUCCAAGGAGCCGCACUCUUACGGCAGUUCACCAGGCUAUCUUAAAGGACAUUGUUUACCCUGCAGAAAUUGUUGGUCAGCGUAUUCAGAUCAAGAUUGAUGGAAGCUCUCUUAUUAAAUGUCAUCUUGACAUUGCUCAAAGGAACUAUGUGGAACAUAAGCUCAAGACUAUAACCGGUUUGUACAAGAAACUAUCUGGAAAAGACGUGGCGAUUGAAUUUCCGGAUUGGGUCCUGUAA